AUGGCUGAGCAAAUGGCCCAGCAGGCUCAACCGAGGCCCAAGAAAAAUACCAGCAACGGUCGUCCUGGGAUAAACACUCAAAACGCUCGUAGGGGCAAUCCUACGGAAAAUGUACCUGUUGGGACUGAGAAUAACCGAGCUCCUCCGAUAGCUCAGAAUGAUAAACCCAGACCUGUCAGGAACAACCGGGAACCUGUGCGAGUCAAUUCUGGACCUACCAGACCCAAUAAUGGAAGGCCACCGCCAUCACCAAUAAGGCAUCUGCCCUCUCCAAUAAGACAUCCAUCUCCAGCUCGAGAGGCACCCCAGCCAACUCCCAAUGGGAAUCGGGCAGGGGAUUGGGCACCCAGAGGCCUUCUUAGAGUGUUCAAAGUGGGAGUUGAGACAGAAACCAUAAAGCUCGACCUGAGCAAGGGGUGA